AUGGAAACUCCUGCUGCGGCGCAAGAGGCUCUCCUGUUACAUGGGUACAAGGCCUCUCCGGAAGGUUUUGGUAUGAAUGUACUCAUUUCGGAUCCUUCAGCCAAAACGCAACGCAGUGAUGCCAGUAACUCCACAUUAUUUGUGGGUGGGCUCAACGACAAAACUACUGAGUCCGAUGUUAGAGGUUUGCUGAAAGAUUGCGGUACGAUUCGACAUCUCAAGCUUGGAUGGGAUUCGGUCAAGAAGGUCUGUAGGGGUUUCGCUUUUGUGGAAAUGGCUUCAGAAGCCGAAGCAAAUGCAUGUUUGUCACUCGAUGGUACCCCUUAUCAGAGGAAGAUCCUGAAGGUGCAAAUCAGCGACCCCAACUAUGCCAAUAAAAAGGCCAAAGAUCGUAAACCGGAUCAAGCUGCAGAAAGAAGGGAUAGGUUGGUAACCCUGUCGGGUCUACCUGACAAGACACAAGAAGGUUUACUUCAACAAUGGCUCGAAAAGAUAGUUCCAGUCAGAAGGUUGGAGUUGUUCGCGAAAACUCAAGAAGCUGUAGCGGAGCUCGAGUCGUCUCAAGACGUUGGGAAACUCCUACUUCGCUCAGAACCGCUUCUCUUCGAGGGCAAGGAGGUUCACUUCUCCACCCAAAGAAAUCGAUCCACUGGCGUCUCUACAGUCCCCGCGGCUGUCCCAACCUCAUCCACCUCUUUCGCACCUCGAGCAACUCGGAAGGCCAAGGUCAUUGCAAAAUCUCGUCCGACUGCAGUAGCUGCCGCCGCUUCGACUGUAGCUGCUGCGAAAGAUGGAUCCGGAGUAGCCGCCCAAGGACAAAGUGACUUCAGGGCACUCGUCGCUGCCAAAAACAAACAGAGGGAAGACAAUUUGGCUAACGCCAAACAAAAUAUCGGCGGUGAGAAGAGGAAGUCAGAACAUGAUGACAAUGAUGACGCAAAGAGAACCCGUACAUAA